AUGGGAUCUCCACCUACUUCGAUUCAACUGAGCUCAGAAAAAAAAGAAAGUAAAGUUCAAAAUAAUGAUAAAGAGGUUAAAAAACCUAAAAUGCCAUCAUCAAAAACUAGUAAAAAGAAAAUAAACAAACAAAUAAAAUCAGUUACAAAAGAACAAGAAACUAAUGAACAACUUGAUAGCAUUGAAGAACAAUAUGAUACAAAGACAGAAACAAAAAUUUCGAUAAAUGUUAUUGUUAAAAAAACAACUAUUGAACCUAAUAAACAAAAGAAAACAUCUAAACCAAUUGAAUCGAAAAAAACCCACUUCAAUGCUUUUAGUCAUGAUACUACAGCAAAAAAUAAAGGAUCAAAAAUUAUUCCAAGAGGAGUUGGAAAUUUCUUUGGAGAAAAUGAAUUUCAAAAGAAAAAUUUUGUAUUAACAGGUGUAUAUGAUGAAUUAGAUAGAGAUGAAAUGAAAGAGUAUAUUAUUAGUUUUGGUGGAAAUGUUGCAACAAGUAUCAGCGGAAAAACUGCUGUUUUGAUAGCUGGUGAAGAAGCUGGACCAUCAAAAAUUGAAAAAGCAAAAGAAAAAGGAAUUCCUAUAUGGAGCGAAGAUGAUGUAUUUAAUUAUGUAAAACAAAAAUUAGGAAAUAACGUAAUAACAACGAGCAUACCUAAUCAAACAAAUAAUCAAAAACAACAACCAACUAAUGUAGAUGAAAACACUACUGUUAUUAAUUCAAAUGAAAUUAUUUGGACAGAGAAAUAUAGACCCCAAACAAAAAGUGAUCUUAUUGGAAAUAAAAAUCAAAUUGCUAAAUUUUAUACUUGGAUUAAUAAAUGGGAAAAGGUUAUUCCAGAUAGAAGAGCUGUAUUACUUGCUGGUGCUCCUGGAGUUGGAAAAACAACAGUAUCUAAAAUUGUUGGAAAAACUUUAGGGUUUAAUCCAAUUGAAUUUAAUGCUUCUGAUACAAGAAAUAAAAGUUCAAUUGAAUUAGCUAUUAAACGAAUAUUUUUAAAUGGACAAAUAAGUAUUGAUGGAAGUAAAAAUAAAAAGCCAUUAAUUAUAAUGGAUGAAGUUGAUGGAAUGUCUUCUGGUGAUAGAGGUGGAAUUACUGAAUUAGUUAAAUAUAUAAAAGAAACUGAACAACCAAUUGUAUGUAUUUGUAAUGAUAUUAUGGAUAAAAAAAUGCAGCCAUUAAUAAAUGUUUGUGAAACUAUUAAUUUUUCAAAAAUUAGUGUUAUUGAAUUAACUGAACGUUUAAAAUAUAUUUGUGAUAAAGAAGGUGUUCAUGUAAGUGAUGAAAAUUUAAAUCAAAUUGCUUCUAAAGCACAUGGAGAUGUUAGAUAUGGAAUUAAUAUGUUACAAUCAUUUGUGAAAUGUGGAGUAACAUUAGGAGAAAAAAAUGAAGAUGUUGAUUAUGUUGAAAUAGUUCCUACAUUAAUAACUCGAUAUUCUUCAACUAGUUUUAUUGAAAAAAAUGAGAUUUUCUUUAUGGAUAAUUUUAUGAUGCCAAUUUAUUUACAUGAUUCAUUAUUACGUGCUCAAAAGUUUUCUGCAUUAUCUAAAUCAUUUGGUUCAUUUGCAAUUGGUGAUAUUUUCCAAAAUGUAGUUAAUAAAACUCAAAAUUGGAAAUUAAUGCCAAUUACAGGAAUAUUUAAAGUUUGUCUUUCAACUUAUUAUGGUCAAACAACAAAUCCAGGAAUGAAGGUAAUGUUUCCAAAAACAUUAGGUAAAAUAAGUAAACGAGGAGGAAAUCAAACAAGGUUAUUAAUGUUAACAAAUAAAACACCAGGGAAAUUUAUGGACUCAAGAGGAUAUGCAGCUAUUCCUAUGAUGUAUAUAAGAAAUACUAUUAUAAGGUUAAUGUCUAUUGAUGUUAAACAAGCUGUUGCUGUUGCAUUAAAAUUUGGACUUGAGAAAGAAAUUUGGGAUGAAAUGGUAAAAAUUGGAAUAAGUCUUGAGAAAGUAGAAUUAUUUAAAAGUGUAUCAACAGCAAACAAAACUAAAUUCACAAAAGAGCUAAAACAAGCAACAACUCCUGUGAUUAAAGAAACAAAAGGAAGUUCUAAGAAAACAAAAAAAGAAUAUGAGGAUGAUUUAGAAGAGAUGAGUGAAAGUAUUGAAGAAGAUGAAGAAGACAAUGAACAAGUAUUUGAUGAGGAUAUGUUCUGA